CGCAUAACUGAUUGAACAGGACAGUCAGCAGGAGACGAUGUCCGAUAAAUUAUGAUUUUGUCUAGAAUUAUUCCGGUAGUGAAGAAAUUGCCGAGUAAAACUUUCGUCUGAUAAAUAUUUAAUCCAAUAGUUUGUUCAAUAAAUUCAUCGUAUAAAUAUCGAACACUGGAAACCUGGAAUCAAUAAACCAAAUAUUAGGAGAUAGUGUCCAUUGAUAAAUGCAAAAAUGGCAGCACUACCACGAAGAAUUAUAAAAGAAACACAGCGAUUGAUGCAAGAGCCCGUACCGGGAAUUAGUGCAAUCCCUGACGAAAGUAAUGCCCGAUAUUUUCAUGUUAUUGUAACUGGGCCCGAGGAUUCUCCAUUUGAAGGAGGACUUUUUAAACUUGAACUCUUUUUACCUGAGGAUUAUCCUAUGUCAGCACCCAAAGUAAGAUUUAUAACCAAAAUAUAUCAUCCAAACAUAGAUCGUCUUGGCAGAAUCUGUUUAGAUAUACUUAAAGAUAAGUGGAGUCCUGCUCUUCAAAUUCGUACAGUAUUGUUAUCCAUUCAGGCUUUGCUUAGUGCUCCGAAUCCUGAUGAUCCUCUUGCAAAUGAUGUUGCUGAAUUAUGGAAAGUAAACGAAUCUGAAGCUAUUCGAAAUGCUAAAGAGUGGACCCGAAGAUACGCUAUGGAUACCUAAGUUUACAUAAUUAUGUUAAUAUAACAUUUUAAUAUUUACGAAAAACAUCUUAUUUUUAAUUAUUGAACUGUUUUGAAUUGUGGAUAUGUGAAUUAUCAGUUCGUGGAAUUAAGCAACUUCCACUGGCUACUAUGCUCCAAACCUUAUUUCCCAUUUGCUAGUUUUUGAUGACUAAAAUGUAUAAGAAUGUUUGAGACUCAAUGCAUUACCAUUUUUUGAAAAUAGCCGCUAAUGAUUUGUGAACUUUAUUAUUGGAUUUCAUAUGAAAACUAUAUUCAAUUAUAAUGAAAAACAGCUGGGUAAAACUGUAUGAACUGUUGUAAAAUAGAGGUUAUUGAAAUUUUAUUUGGAUAUAUACCUCCUAAUUUAAUUUUUUAUCAUAUUGUUGCAUUAACUUGUAAGCAACGAUGAACCUAUUUUCCUCCUUUUAUUGCUCAUUGCAACUUUAUUUUGGCUGACGUAAAUAUUGCUUUUUGAUAUAUUUUGCCAUACAGCCACUGGAAGGGGAUUUGUAUGAGAACCUUCAACUUAUCUUAAAUAAUCUUAAUUUUGUGUAUAAGUAGCACAUGCUGGGAUUACAACAAUCAUAGUAAACAGUUGCUACAAAUUUUGAAAUAUUUGGCGAAAAGUAUCUUGUGCUUAGUUACACCGAUGUAGGUAGUUGUUGUACAUAAAGAAGGUAUGUGUAAGGCUUUUUACAAAUAAAUUCUUUUCAUCACA